AUGGCACUUCGAUCCCUCGAAAUAAGCGUUCGAGGCCCAUCGGAACACGGUAAAACAAACAAUAAAGGUCUACAUGAAAUUAAAAUCAAUUAUCAUGGUAUUGAACAAGAGCCCAGAACAACAGUUGUUCGUGCAUUAGCAGCCAUUACUGAUUUAAAUUAUCAGACACAAGAAACACAAACAGAGUUUAUCAUACAUCCAUGUACAUAUUAUGUUGGAUUUAAAUUAAUAUCAAAUUAUGGCAAGAAAGAUAAAUCUGUCCAAACAAAAGUCAUUGUAACAGAUAUUGAUGGAAAUUUAAUUGAUAAUGUUUUGAUCGAGUGUAAGGUAAUUGGAAAUGGUAAUGAAAAAAAAGAAGAUGAGAAUGGUUUAAUAGUAUUUGAACAAGUAAAAGAUAACCAAACAUUAACACUUGUUAGUUCAAAUAAAGAUGCAGUUAAUAUUGAUUUUACACCAAAAUUAGGGGGUAGUUACAAUAUAUCAUAUAGUGUCAAAGAUGAACAAGGUCGAUUAGCUAUGAGUUUCUAUGACAACUAUUACGUUUCGGGUGGUUAUGAAAACGAAAUAAAAAAACAAAAAGUUGAUUUCAUUCCAACUGAUACAAUAACAAUUAUUCCAAGUGAAACAAAACAUUAUCAACCAAAUGACAUAUGUGAAUUAUUAAUACUAGCACCAUUUAGUCCUGCUAGUGGUUUAGUUAUAUUCGAUUGUGAUGGUCAAGUUUCACAACCAAUACAAUUUCAGAUAGAAUCUGGUAAAGAUUCAGCAACUGUUGAAUUUAGAAUAUCAAAAGAUUGGAUACCAGGAUUUACAGUUCAUGCUGAAUUAACAG